UGAGACCCAUAAAGGGUUAAUGGCCAAACACUACAAAUUGGCUCAGUAGUCAGUACAAAGGAUAAAGUCGAUAAACGGUUAUGCCCUUUCAUGCAAUAGUCUUCUCGACCCAAGCCAUAGGCCAAGACAAAAUCCUUCUUGCUCGUCAUUUCCUGUGUAGUCAUUGGUUUGUACCGAACGCUGGCCAGUGUGGUUUCCUUGUAGAAUACAUGUAAUACACUGUGGUGGUGUGAUUGUUACAAAAGCUGAAAGUCGAAUAACCAUCAGUGAUGGAGCUUGAGGAAAUCUUUGCCCUGGCGGCGUCCACCUCCAAUCUCAUCUGCUAUGCCUCACCAUUGUUUGCAAGUAUAGAGUUUUACAAACAGAAGACCACCGGCAACACGGCGUCACUACCCCUAGUUUCUACUUUCUCCAGCUCCAUCUUCUGGUUAGUGUAUGGUUUACUGUCAGUCAACUCCAUGCUGAUACGCAUCAAUAGCUUUUCGCUGUUCUUGUUCACCAUCUACAUUGCUAUCUACUAUGCCUACUGUCAUACUGCGGUGCAACUCUUCUCCGAACUUCGCUUCGUCUUCUACCUAGCACUGUUUGUAUUUCCGUCCGUGGCACUCGUCCACCGGUUUGUUGAUGCGCACAAGGCAAUGCUAGCAAUGGGUCUGGUGUGCAACUCGCUGACGAUAUCCGUGUAUGCAGCUCCGCUGGGCACGUUGCAAGAGGUAAUCAAGCAGCGUAACACAUCAUCAAUGUCACCGCCACUCAUCCUGGCUAACUGGCUCAGUGCAGCUGUCUGGAGUGCAUAUGGCAUUGUCAUCAACGACAUUUUCAUCAUUGUCCCCAACUCUUUGGGCCUAGUGCUGUGCAGCAUACAAUGUGGGCUGCUCCUGGUAUAUCCGCGUUUGCCGACGGGCAAGAAAGACGAGUGACUGUCUCACCAUACGUUUCAGCCCAGAGAAGGCAUGCUGCGCUUCAGCAGCGCUAUGAACUAUGUCUAUGGCAUUGCCAGGCCCGGACAACCCAGCAGCGGUGCCUGCUUAGAUUUAUUAACGACUCCUCUAUUUCUAUUCUCUAGUUCUAGAAAUUCUACAAAUUUUCCUGGCUUUUUUUUAAUUAACGUACCACCAGAGCCAGAGUAUAUUUGAAGUAGUACCGUCACUCUCUGCACUAGAAACGUAUUUUGCUGAAGUGGCAUGUCUUUUUUCUUCUUUUCUUUUUGAGUGAGUUCAAUACACUUGGACUUCUCGUCCUGUGUGCCUCAGAUGAUUGCUGACAAGUUAACAAUUUUCCUAGUAUUUUAAACUAUUUUUUUGUUCCCUCCGUAGUACAGCACAGGGUGUAGUACAUGUACAUAGUCAUUGCUGUGUCGUAUUGUAUUUCACACAUUGCUGAAGUACCCCCCCCCCCCCCCCCCCCGGCACUGUGAGUCAGUGUGUUGUGUCUCUGCAGAAAGCGGCGGCGUGCACAUCGUGACCUGAGUCGGUUAGUGGACUGGUUGUCUUGCGACCUCGCGCUGACCAUGGUCAGCGUGGUUGGCCGGAAUCAAGCCGCAUGCUUGACCUGGGCUAGUUCAGUGUGUACGCCAGUGGUCUUUGUACCGACCCUUGUAUUCUACUGCCCAUUUCAACUAACUGGCGAUUGUGCGGCUGAAUGUUGACAUUAAUUAUUUUGUGAUCAAGAAUGGUCUAUGUACUUGACGGUUUACUCUUGAUUAUCUUAGUAUAAUAUUAUAGUGUCUAUGACUUUUUUUAUGCUUUUCUUGGCCAAUUCUGAAGUGAACCGAACCUGAGCUCUCCCAACUAUCACAGACUCAAUGUACAUCGACCAUAGUUUGCUUGUGGAAGAUGCGUACUCCGCGCUGUUGUAAGUAAAGGCGUCAACCUGUA